AUGUCUAUGCACAUAUUCGGCUACGAGGCAACCGAGGAAAAAGCUGAAAAUGCCCGUCUAUCCUCUUUCGUCGGCGCCCUCGCCCUUGGCGAUCUUUCCAUCCAACUCGAUAAUGCAGCAGCCAAGAUCCUCGUCAAUAUCUCGAAAAUCCAAGACGACGAAGUCGGAGAUGGAACUACGAGCGUGUGCGUGCUAGCAGCAGAGCUCCUGAGGGAAGCAGAGAAAUUGAUUGCUAUGAAGAUACAUCCUCAGACAAUUGUGGAGGGAUACCGGGUUGCGAGCAUCGCUGCGCUUGCCGCACUCGAGAAGGCAGCAGUCGAUCACGCCUCUGAUGCUGCCCAGUUUCGCCAGGAUCUUUUCAACAUUGCUCGUACGACCCCGUCAUCAAAAGUAUUAUCACAAGACAAAGAUUACUUUGCCAACUUAGCAGUGGAUGCUGUGCUUCGAUUGAAGGGUUCGACGGAUCUAGAGCACAUCCAGAUCAUCAAGAAGGUCGGAGGCAAACUCACAGACUCAUACCUUGACGAAGGUUUCAUUCUUGACAAAACUAAUGCUGUCAACUCGCCCAAACGGAUAGAGAACGCGAAAAUCUUGGUCGCAAAUACCUCGAUGGACACUGAUAAGAUUAAGGUCUUUGGAGCCAGAGUAACAGUGGACUCGACAGGAAAACUUGCUGAGCUCGAGCGGGCUGAACGGGAAAAAAUGAAAGCCAAAGUAGACGCGAUCGCCGCACAUGGUAUCAAUUGCUUUUCUCUCUUGGCAGAGAAAGGUAUUGUGGUGAUUGAGCACGCCGAUUUUGAGGGUGUUGAGCGGCUAUCACUUGUCACUGGUGGUGAAAUUGCAAGCACGUCCGACAGACCAAAUCUAGUCAAACUUGGGAAAUGCGACUUUAUCGAGGAAAUUAUCAUUGGCGAGGAUAAUCUCAUAAAAUUCUCUGGCGUGGCUGCGGGCGAAGCCUGCACUGUUGUGCUACGUGGUUCAACUAAUCAGAUGGUCGACGAGGCCGAGCGCUCACUGCAUGAUGCUCUUUCUGUCUUAUCGCAGACAGUCAAAGAAACACGGAUUGUCUUGGGCGGUGGAUGUUCUGAGAUGUUCAUGAGUUGUGCUGUGGAGGAGGCCGCGCGGAAGGUUAAGGGCAAGAAGGCGAUAGCUGCUGAGGCAUUUAGCCGUGCGCUGAGACAAAUACCUACUAUCCUUGCGGACAACGCUGGCUAUGACUCUAGCGACCUCGUCGCCAGGCUAAGAGCAGCUCAUUAUGAGGGGCAGUCAGAUGUCGGACUGGAUAUGAAUCAGGGCACCAUCGGUUCGAUGAGGCAACUUGGUGUUACGGAAAGCUAUAAACUGAAGCGGCAGGUCGUCCUCAGUGCAAGCGAAGCAGCGGAGAUGAUAAUACGGGUGGAUGAUAUUCUACGUGCUACGCCUCGGAAGCGUGAAGCGGUAUGA